UGAAACCAGAGAGCAAAUGGCAAUGACAAAGGAGUUGAGACUAACCGAGAUACAAGGCAGAGGAAGGUCACUAGUGGCGGCUCAGCCACUCAAAGGCGGCCAAAUCAUUCUCCGCGACUCUCCCAUCCUCCUCUACUCCGCGCUCCCUCUCCUCACUCCCUCCCCUUCCCCUUAUUGCGACCACUGUUUCAAAACCCUACACCCCCAAAACGCCGCCGUUUCACUCUGCCCCUCCUGCUCCCACCACCGCUUCUGCAGCCCCACUUGCCUCUCCGCCGCCCACUCCUCCUCCCACUCUCCCUUCGUCUGCCACUCCCUCUCCAAAUUACGAAACUGCCCCUCCCCUCUCUCCUCCCAGCCCCCCGACCGCCAGGUCCAAGCUCGCUUCCUGAUCGCCGCCUACAACCUCGCCGCCGUCUCUCCGGCGAGCUUCCAGGUGCUUCUAUCUCUCCAGGGCGAGCCGAGAGACUCCGAGGAAGCUCAGUUCCUGCACUCGCUGAUCUCGACUCUGUGUCCUCCGCCGCAGCAGCAGCAGGUGUUCAUGGUGGAGAUCACGGCGGCGCUUCUGGCCAAGGACAAGCUCAAUGCGUUCGGAUUGAUGGAGCCGCCUUCGGAGCUGGGGCUGCGGUCGAGCAGAGCGUAUGGGGUUUACCCCAAGGCCUCGUUCUUCAACCAUGAUUGUCUCCCCAAUGCGUGCCGAUUCGAUUACGUUGAUGAAGCUAAUACUGACAUUGUAGUGAGGAUGAUUCAUGACGUUCCGGCCGGGAGGGAGGUUUGCUUGAGCUAUUUCCCUGUUAAUGAGCCGUUUUCGAGGCGGCAGAGGACUCUGGCUGAGGACUAUGGCUUUGUGUGUAAAUGUGAUCGUUGCAAUGUCGAGGCCAAUUGGUCUGACAAUGAGGAAGCUGAGGAGGAGGGAGAUGGUUCGGCCGAGGGGAUGGAUGAGGAUCAAGACCAGGAAAUGGAGGGAGAUUCGGAGUCAGAAGCCGGGUGUGACAUUGUGGAUGGUGCUCAAGGAGAGGCUGAUUUUCCACAUGCCUAUUUCUUUGUGAGGUUUAUGUGUAGCAGAACCAACUGCUGGGGCACGCUAGCUCCUUUGCCGCCGAAGGAUGAUGGGACUUCUUCUGGUGUUAUGGAAUGCAAUGUGUGUGGAAGUGUUAAGAAAGAUGAGGAGAUUAGUGGUCAUGGACAAAAUGGGCUCGGUUUGGAAGGCUAAGUGUUGCUACUUGCUGCUAUAUACAUUGUGACUUUGCAACAUUGGUGAAGUACCGGAAGCCAACAGCAGUCUUUCCAAGUUUGUGAUUUUUAGUGGCGAGUUUCAGCCAUCAAUGGGGCAGAGUGGACAAAGCAAUACUGAUUGCUAUUUUCUUUCGUAGAGCUAAUCUGCUAAAUGCUAAUGACAGUCAUGGAUUGUACUUGUGUUCUUGUAACCAUUUUGGUAAAGCUAUAUAUAGUGAUUUGGUUUUGGUAAA